CCCUGUGGUCACGCCCCUUUGGAAUGUCUAGGUUGUUGCCUGUGCGUUGAUUGGUUAGAAGUAUGAAGAGGGGCGGGGUCUCCCUGGGGCUCACCAGCGGGUAUAAAUGUGAGUUUAGACACUUAUCCCGGUAGAUCAACAAGGACUACGGUCUGAAAACCGACUCAAACUCAGUGUGAAACUAAUUUAGACUAACAAUCGUUCAGAUUGUAGCUUGAAGAUAUUAUUUUGUUUUUAUUUGUAUUUUAUUACAGACUAGUCAUGACAUUUCUGAUCUACCUGACUGUACUGACAACAGCCGUCACCACACAGGUGACUGCUAGCUGCCCAGCAGUGUGUGAGUGCCCCAAAGUGCCCCUGGUUUGCCCUCCAGGAGUUAGCACUGUGCCAGAUGGAUGUGGGUGCUGCAAAGUGUGCGCUGCACAGCUAAACCAAGACUGCAGCUCCAUGAGGCCUUGUGACCACCACAAAGGGCUGGAGUGUAAUUAUGGCAACGAUGUGACCAUGGCCUGGGGCAUCUGUCGAGCAAAAUCAGAGGGGCGCACAUGCGAAUACAACGGCAGGAUCUACCAGAACGGCGAGAGUUUCCGAGCGGGCUGUAAACACCAAUGUACCUGCAUCGAUGGUGCUGUUGGCUGUGCUCCUCUGUGUAACAACAAGCUGCCACCAGCAUCCCCAUCAUGCCCCUACCCACGGCUGGUCAGGAUACCCGGACAGUGCUGUUUCAGUGUGGACUGCCAUAAGGGCACCUGGCGGCUACCACCUAAGCAUCAGGUACCUCCACAACAACACCUGCCCACGCCUCAGCACCAUCCUGUCCCAAACCAGCCUGAAAAUGAGCUGACCAAUGAGCUUGCAGAGGUCCGGUCAAGCGGCUGGGAGAGUGAACAUGGCUACAAACACCUACCUGUAUGGAACUACCUGAAGGAGAAGUGUCCAGUCCAGACCACUGACUGGUCCCAGUGCUCUCGCAGCUGUGGGAUGGGCGUUUCCUCUCGUAUCACCAACAAGAACCCACAGUGCAAGCUUGAGAGAGAGACAAGAAUCUGUACCAUACGGCCAUGCACCGGCCUAACAGCCCCCACCAAGAAAGGGAAGAAGUGCACGCCAGCCCAAAAAGCCCCGGAGCCCAUCCGCCUGUCCUACGGAGAAUGUGUGAGCGUGCGCCUCUACCGGCCCAACUACUGCGGUGUGUGUACGGAUGGACGGUGCUGCACACCACGCCGCACGCGCACCGUACCACUGACCUUUGUCUGUCCAGAUGGCGAGCGUUUCCAGAGGUCAGCCAUGUUCAUCCAGUCAUGUAAAUGCAGCGACGACUGCGGCCACCUCAAUGAAGUGGCCCUCCCUCCACAGCACUGGAUGUACGGAGAUACACACAAGUUCAUAGACUAAUAAUGAGGAUUUUUUUUGUUUUAAUGUACUGAGGUCAACUUUCUUGCUGAAAGAAGACAUUUCAAGACAAGGGGGCAUUUUUCUCAUCUGGCUCCAAGUGAAUGAAGACCAAAGGCACCCACCUGACUGCCAAACUGCAGGCAGGAAGGGCCGCCUCGGUUCACAACCAUAAAGGCAACCCUUAUUGUAAUAUUAUUGUGUGACCAGAGUGGAUUGUACACUUGCCUCAUCCUGUUCAAACAGACGUGGGACCUAAAUUAGAGCCCUGAAGAAGCCCUUGGACUUCCUCUAUUCUGGACUGAUUGCUGGUUCAGGUGUGGGGAUUUUUUUUUUCUUUCUUUUUUUUUUGAGACCUUCAGAUCAGCCCAGGAGGAGGGACACUUUCAAGAGCAACAAAGCACUUUGUUUAGCACUGAAACUUUCUAACUAUGACAGCAGUGCACAAGGAUCACUUCACCUGCAACAAUAGCUGCACAUACUGAUGGUGGAUGACUCCAUAUCCCAUAAUGCACUGUGACUACUCUGUGACAAGCAAAAGAGUAACUUUUGCAGCUUUAUGUUGAAAACUUAAGUACAAAGCAAAAUGUGGACUUUUUAUUCAAAAUAUAUAACAUUGGCACGUUAUGGACAUACUUUUCUUUUUGGCAUGCUGACACGAUAAGCCAUCUAAAUGUGCAUUUACACAGUGAUGAAUGACACUGUUCACACGCAAGUCACAGACUGUUAAAUGAUAAGGAACGCUAUCUGGAACCGACAAGCGUUCAGCAAGGACUGGACCAAUGCCAACGGAUUUCUUUAUUGGGCAUUACAUGCAGUUUAGAGAAAUGUCUUACACAAACCUGUACUUGGGAACUUAUUUUGGAUCAGUUUUUCUGUAAAUAUUUCAUUUCUUUCCGGAUCCAAGUUUGUAAUAUUGUCACAUUUAUACACUUCUAUGGAUGAAGACACUACAGUGUAGCUGUCAUAAGUUUGUUGGUUCAUCCAUGUGAUAAAAGUGGCUGCUGUGCUCAAGUUUCAUGCAAGGUUUUAUUUCAAGUCAACUUGUAAAGUUUCAAACUUGGCAGCCAGAGUAGACAACUGUUUGGUAAAACUAUGUGAUGAUAGUGCCCUCUGCUUGUGAGGAUAAUUAACUGCAGUCAAAAUGCAACAAAGUUUGUAUUAUGAUACUGCUGUGUUUAAUAACAACCAACCAGGAAGUUGGUAUAAUGAGCCCUAGAGGCAAUCACACAUCCGACAUAUUCAAAUGUUUAGAAAUGUGCAAAAUUAAAAUCAAAACCAUUAAAUAAGGUAUAAAAAC